AUGCUGUGCUCCAUGUGGCUCAUUCUAUUUCUGAGCAAUACCAUUUCAAGUGCGUCCGAAUCAAUUAGACUGCUAAAUGGCAAUAACUCUUGUUCUGGAAGACUGGAGGUUUUCUAUUACAGUCAGUGGGGAACAGUGUGUGAUGAUGGCUGGGAUCUGUUAGAUGCUGCAGUGGUGUGUAAAGAGAUGGGCUGUGGGGAUGCUAUUGAGGCAAAGAGUGGUGCUUUUUUCAGACCAGGAAGUGGAAAUGUAUUAAUGAGCAAUAUUGCGUGUGUUGGAAAUGAGCCUACAUUGAGCAGUUGCAGCUCUAAGAAAUUGGGAGAGUUUAUAUGUGGCUAUUCAAAGCAUGCUGGAGUCAUCUGUCGCUCCCUUGUCAGAUUGGUGAAUGGCAGUCACUCCUGUUCUGGACGAGUGGAGGUUUUCAAUGACGGUCAGUGGGGAACCGUGUGCGAUAACGGCUGGGAUCAUUCAGAUGCUGCAGUGAUAUGUAAAGAAAUGGGCUGUGGGGAUGUUUUCGAGCAAAGGAUUGGUGGUUAUUUUAGCCAGGGAUCAGGACCAGUAUGGCUGAGUGACGUACAAUGUUCUUACUCUGAAACGACUCUGAGACACUGUAAUUUGCAGGGAUGGGGACAAAACUCAUGUGGACAUGAGAAGGAUGCUGCAGUCGCCUGUCGAAGCAGAAUUAAGUUGGAAAAUGGCUUCAAUGCUUGUUCUGGAAGAGUGGAGAUAUUCUAUUAUCCCUGGGGAAGCCCUGUGUUGGGAACAGUAUGUGAUAAUAGCUGGGAUCUAUCAGAUGCUGCAGUGGUGUGUAGAGAGAUGGGAUGUGGAGAUGCCAUAGCGGCAAAGAGUGCUGCUUAUUUCGGACAGGGUGGGGGACCAGUAUGGUUGAAUGAUGUCAACUGCGUUGGAAAUGAGCUCACACUCACUGCCUGUGAGUCCAAAAAAACAGAAGAUUACAAUUUGCAUUACAAGGAUGCUGGAGUCAUCUGUCAAUCUCUUGUUAAGCUGGUGAAUGGCACUAACUCUUGUUCUGGACGAGUUGAAGUUUUCUUUGAUGGCCGGUGGGGAACAGUAUGCGAUGAUGGCUGGGAUCAGUCAGAUGCUGCAGUGGUGUGUAGAGAACUGGGCUGUGGGAAUGUUAUAGAGGCAAAGAAUGCUGCUUAUUUUGGACAGGGAUCAGGACUCGUAUGGCUAAGUGAUUUACAGUGUGCCAGUUACUCUACUCUGAGAAACUGUAAUUCAAAUGGAUGGGGACAAAACAGCUGUGGACAUGAGAAGGAUGCAGGAGUAGCCUGUCAACGUGAUUUGUGGGUAUUAGUUAACAUCAAACUGGUGAAUGGCAUCACCUCUUGUUCUGGACGAGUUGAGGUUUUUCGUGACAGUCAAUGGGGAACUGUGUUUGAUGAUGGCUGGGAUCUAUCAGAUGCUGCAGUGGUGUGUAGACAGAUGGGAUGUGGAGAUGCUAUAGAGGCAAUAGGUGGUGCUUAUUUUGGACAAAGUGCGGGAGAAAUAUUUAUGGGCAAUGUAAACUGUUUUGGAAAUGAGACCAUGGUCAGUGAUUGUGAAUUUCGUAGAUGGGGAAUGCAUGACCAUUCAAAUGAUGCUGGAGUCAUCUGUGAUCCUUCUCUCAGGCUCAUAAAUGGACACGACUCUUGUUCUGGAAGAGUGGAGGUUCUUUAUAAUGGAAUAUGGGGAACAGUGUGUGAUAAUGGCUGGGAUCUAACAGAUGCUGCAGCAGUGUGUAGAGAGAUGGGCUGUUGGGAUGUGAUCGAGGCCAAGAGUGCUGCUCAUUUCGGUCAGGGAUCAGGGCCUGUAUGGAUAAGUGAUUUGCAAUGUUCUGACACUGACUCAAGACUAAGAGAUUGUAAAUCAAGUGGAUGGGGAAGAGGCAGCUGUGGACAUGAGAAAGAUGCAGGAGUCAUCUGUAAGGGUGAGUCUCUUGUUAAGCUGGUGAAUGGCACUAACUCUUGUUCUGGACGAGUUGAAGUUUUCUUUGAUGGCCGGUGGGGAACAGUAUGCGAUGAUGGCUGGGAUCAGUCAGAUGCUGCAGUGGUGUGUAGAGAACUGGGCUGUGGGAAUGUUAUAGAGGCAAAGAAUGCUGCUUAUUUUGGACAGGGAUCAGGACUCGUAUGGCUAAGUGAUUUACAGUGUGCCAGUUACUCUACUCUGAGAAACUGUAAUUCAAAUGGAUGGGGACAAAACAGCUGUGGACAUGAGAAGGAUGCAGGAGUAGCCUGUCAACUUAACAUCAAACUGGUGAAUGGCAUCACCUCUUGUUCUGGACGAGUUGAGGUUUUUCGUGACAGUCAAUGGGGAACUGUGUUUGAUGAUGGCUGGGAUCUAUCAGAUGCUGCAGUGGUGUGUAGACAGAUGGGAUGUGGAGAUGCUAUAGAGGCAAUAGGUGGUGCUUAUUUUGGACAAAGUGCGGGAGAAAUAUUUAUGGGCAAUGUAAACUGUUUUGGAAAUGAGACCAUGGUCAGUGAUUGUGAAUUUCGUAGAUGGGGAAUGCAUGACCAUUCAAAUGAUGCUGGAGUCAUCUGUGAUCCUUCUCUCAGGCUCAUAAAUGGACACGACUCUUGUUCUGGAAGAGUGGAGGUUCUUUAUAAUGGAAUAUGGGGAACAGUGUGUGAUAAUGGCUGGGAUCUAACAGAUGCUGCAGCAGUGUGUAGAGAGAUGGGCUGUUGGGAUGUGAUCGAGGCCAAGAGUGCUGCUCAUUUCGGUCAGGGAUCAGGGCCUGUAUGGAUAAGUGAUUUGCAAUGUUCUGACACUGACUCAAGACUAAGAGAUUGUAAAUCAAGUGGAUGGGGAAGAGGCAGCUGUGGACAUGAGAAAGAUGCAGGAGUCAUCUGUAAGGAUAAUGUUAGGCUGGUCAGCAGCACCAACCCCUGUUAUGGACGAGUAGAGGUUCUUCGUGCCGGUCAGUGGGGAACAGUGUGUGAUGAUGGAUGGGAUGCAUCAGAUGCUGCAGUGGUGUGUAAACAACUAGGCUGUGGGACAGUUUUGGAAGUAAAGAGUGCUGCCUAUUUUGGAAUGGGUUCAGGAAAGUGUUUUAUCUCUCAUGACAAGCAGUUCUGGGAAAUUCCACGUCAGGCGAAGCUUCUUCAGUCAGACUAG